GUUUAAGGGAGCAAGGUUCUGUUUCUGGAUUCUAUGGAUGGAAGAUAAGUUUGAAAUAUAAAAUGGCAAACUAUCGUACUAAGUUGAGAAAUCUUGGAUGUUCAGAGCUGAAUGUCAAUUCCUUCAAGCGUGGACUGAGUGAGCCACGCACAGCUCCAAAUCAAGUGAAGAAACCUAAAAGAGCUGAGGUGAACUACUGUCCAGACUUCCCAACAGGACAAACUAAAGAAAGUUUAGAGCAAGAGAGGCUGGCACUAUUGACUGAUGUGCAAAAGAGGAACAACCAACAGGCUGUCAAGGAGAAAAUGGAAAGGACCUUUGCUUAUAGGCGGCGUGAGGUGAUUGAAGACAAGCCCUUCAUAGCCGAUUUCAAAAGAAGGUGGCCAGCACUCUUUUCCGAACGUGAGGUGGAAGCAGAGUUUGCCCGCAUCACCACUGUGUCACUGAGAUCCAAAUUCAUGCAGCAGCUAGAUCACCACUCCAUUAAGCUAAUGAGAGCUUUCCAGAGGAAAGGAGGCGAUGCUGGAC